AUGGCCAUCGCUGCCGCAUGCCGGGACUCGCUGCAGAGCUUUGAAUGUGCUUGUCGAGACAAUACAAUAAACUUCGAAACCAUUCAGCAUAUGCUUGAUAAGCUAUUCUUAGUGAAUGGUGAGGUUCCAAAUGAUCUAGAAUCCCUUGAACUAUUGGACGCCUUCGCUGAUCACUUCACAACGACAUGUGAAGAAGAGGUUCGGAGGAUGGUUUUUCAUCUACUUUUCCCCUGUGGAUUUAACGUCAAUCCACUCCGAGAACAAUUUCUUAUUAGGCUGACUCAAUUGGCCAUAUGCGUUGGUUUGACACCUCUGCUCGAUUUGGUCGCGGUCUGGUUAAAGGGGCAAAUAUUUCUAGUGAUUCAGUCGCUUUCUUCUUCCAAAGAUUACUGUCUUUUGGAUGAGAGACUAGUCGAAGCUGCUCGACCAGUCUCGAGUUUCAUUCGGCGCAUUUUCGAUAGCCUGAUGACUGUUGACGGGAUGUCAGAAGUCUGCAAAGACUUGCACGAGAAUGCCGACUUUUCUAACGCGGCUAUAUUCGACAAACCCUUCAUCAAUCUCCUUCGUUUGUCUCCUCUCUUCGUCUCAGCUCUCGUUUCAGGCGUCACUUUAGCCUACUCAACGCCGUUUAUUCAAGGUGAGAAGGAGCUAUUUCCGCCCCCAUUAGUGAUCGAAAUCUUAAUUAUCUGGCUGAAAAGUAGUCCUGCGCAGGUUGUUCGUCAGGACUGGACUACAGUCGAUUGGAAAACGUUCUUUUUAAGCAAUCCGCCCCGUUUUCUCGAUAUGUCUAAAGUCAAGGGGCAGGAUUGGCCCCUUCUCUUGGCAGAGGCUUGGCAUCCUUUUUAUCAUCAAAUUGGUACGGAUAUCGGUGUAUUUCUUGAUUUCCGUCGGUUCGAGGUUGAGUUGAGUAAUUUUGCAACUCCCUUGAAUCGUGGCAAGCAUUCGCGGAAUUCGAGUGGAAUGGCCGCGGACAUGGUGCCUAUUAUGUGGCGACUAAAAUUCUCCACAGAACUUAAACCUUUGCUUAGUCGUUUUGGUGCAGUUUUUGCGGAAGGUGUCUGCUCAGAACUCUUUCUGAUACGAAUAGCUGAACUGGUGUUCAUCUGCUGGCGAAGUGGCCGUCUGCUCGAAUGUGAUUCCGGUGAUGUAUCCAAUGCGCUCAGGCCCUUUUCGUCUGAGGGGAUAAUACAAAUUGUGGAACAGGGCCUUCGCAUUUAA